AUGCGAGAAAAGCAUAAGCUUAGUGGAUAUUUUUUGAUAUUAGAAGAAAAAUCUAACAAGUAUAAUAACUAUGUAGUUUGUCAAGAUUGUAUUAGAGUUUUAGGUCGAGAAGCAGCUAUGAAACAGAAGUUUACUAAUACUAAACGUGCAUGUGCAAAACAUCUUGAAAAUUGUCCUCAUUGGGCUGAAAGACACACUCCGGAACAAACUCUAGAAAUUAUUCAGAAAGCAAUGGAUUAUGGUUCAAAAAAACUAUACAAACGGCAACGAAUAGUUGAAAGUGAAGUUGAAGAAAAUUUACAAUUAAAAUCGCUAUCAAUAACACCAUCUUCGCACGGUUCUUCUAAUUUAAACAAUUUUUUCUAUAAAACAUCGCGUACAAAUAGUAUAAGUAGUAGUAUAUCAGAAAUUUCUUUUCAAAGUUUCGGUCCACUUGAUAAUUAUGCAUAUCGUGAAGUGAGACCUGAGCAAAUAGAAAUAUUUGAGCGAUUAUUAUUGAAUGUUACAGUUGCAUGUGGUUUUUCCUUUCGUUGGAUUGAUAAUCCAGCAGUUGUAGAGCUUUUUAAGUGGCUUAAUCCAAUGUUAGAAUUACCAGAUCGAAAACAACUUGGUGGCAGAAUUCUUAAAAAAACUACAAAGUCACUUUCGGAAACCAUUCUUAAUGACGCUAUUAAUGAUGAUCUUGGAAUCAUGUUAGCCUUUGAUGGUUGGAAAAAUGUUGCUAGUCAGAAUUUAUUAGGAUCCGUUUUAUUUACUUCAGAAAAUAACAUGAUUAUAUGGAAAGUAGAGGAUAUUAGCGGAAAAAGAUGUACAGGAGAUAUUAUAAUAGAUGAAACAAAAAAAUCUUUUGAAGAACUUGAAAAACAAAAGAUUAAAAUUAAUGGAUUAAUUACAGAUUCUGCUUCAGAAAAUGCCGCUGCAAGAAAACGAUUGCGUCUUCAAUAUCGGGAUAAGCUAUUCUUACCGUGUUUUGCACAUC